UCAAUGUGGUGUGCGUUGUGUGUUGCGUUUGUGGGAUGAUGUUGAAUUUUUUUACAGUUUAAGUAUUGACAAGUGUUAAUUAAUAUUGUUUCAUUAAAUUUUACUUUGUCUGGUUUGUAUCUUGUCAUCUGUUAUCAUGAUGCCCGGGGAGACUCACUCUCAAACAGCGGGAAUCGCUUUGGACGCAACGAUAGGAAUUUGUCAGAACUGUACUGCAUUACAGCAGAAUUUAAACGAAUAUGUAGCUGCAAUACUAGCACUGAAGCAAAAGAUAAUUGACACAGAUCACCUGUUAACCGAGUACCAGCGGAAGUGUGAUGAGCUUCAGAAGGUUGAAAGGGAGUCCAGCACACUCCAUCAUCAACUGGAUGAACUUCUCUUAAAAUGUACUCCACUUGAGAAACAAAAUGAGAAACAAAUUGAGGAAAUAGAAGCCAUGAAAUCUGAGCUUGAAGAAAAAAGGAGCUCCAUAAAGGUCUACCAACAGACGUAUCUGGAAAUUGAAAGCCUAAACCAGCAGAAUAAUAAAACUGAGGCUGCGAAUAAGAAGCUCGAAGCGCAAGUGAAAAAGCUUGAAGAAACAACAACCAAGCAGAGCCAAGACAUCAAAAAGUUGAAAACUGAGAAAAAUAUAUUGGAGAAAGAUUUGAAGAGGAUACAGAAACAUCUUGAAAAAACUGAGAAACUAAAUCAACAGAAAGUAUUAAAACAUGCAUGGACUCAAAAGAAUGCAACAGAGGAAACAAAAAUUGAUAAAACUAAAAUCAAGCUGCUUCUGGAAGAGCUUUGGAUGUGUAUAGAACCCUCAGCCCAGGUUUCACAGAGGAAGGAAAUUCAGCACUUUUCUGAGGAGACUGGAAUGCAUUGCAGAAGAACCAGAGACUCGCAGCAUUCCAUGCAGACACUUUUUCCUGGUAGCCCAUUGAAAAACCAUCUCCAUUUGAAGAAAUCGCCCUUUCUCAGUAGUCCUUUGAAAGACCAUCAGCAUUGCAAUCUAGCAUCAUUUCCUGGUAGCCCAUUGAAAGACCAGCAACAUUGCAAUCUAGCAUCAUUUCCUGGUAGCCCAUUGAAAGACCAGCAACAUUGCAAUCUAGCAUCAUUUCCUGGUAGCCCAUUGAAAGACCAGCAACAUUGCAAUCUAGCAUCAUUUCCUGGUAGCCCAUUGAAAAACCAGCAACGUUGCAAGAAUGCACCCUUUCUCAGUAGGCCGUUGAAAGAAAUGCAGUUUUACAAUCACUUGGCCAUUCCCGUAAAUGAUCUGGCAGCUUCUAUUCAGCUACAUAAUUUAGCAGGACCUGAAGUGCAGCUCAACACAAAACACACAAGAAUUAAGCACACACAAAUGACUGAAAGCAGUAGCAGAGAGAGAGAUCACUUUAAUGAAGAUCCCAUCUUAAAUAAGGAAACGGGACAAAGAUACUUGCAUAAUGACUUUUUGCAUGUUUCUGGAGAUGAACAAAAGGGACAAAGUCCAGCACCUGGGCAAAACCUUGAUGAAAUACUCGACUGGUUCAAACCUCUGCCACCACUCCUGUCUCCUGUGCAUUUUUCAUUGCCUCGUAAUCAGGAUACUUUAAUUGGCAAUGCAGUAUAUUUAAGUGAGGAGGAGGAAGAAGAGGAAGUAAAAUUCAACAGCAAUGAGUUAAAUAAACUAUGUGAAGGUGACAAACCCAGUAAAAACCCUGAAUCCCACAAUGAACCAAGCUUGGCUCCGACCGUGGAUCUUCCUUUAGUUGGGUUUUCUAACAACACUUCAUCCACUGCUCUGUUAUUUCACAGACCCUCACCCUGUAUACUUACAGAGACAGAAUGUGACGACAAGGCAAUUUUAGACCAAGAAAUGAGGGAAAGCAACCCGUCUUUCCCAGAGGAGUCCACUGAUGUUCAGAGUGACAGUUUGCAAAUUGGUGAAAAUAGUGACUGCUUUAAUUCAUCGAUUGACGCUAAAGAAAAUGACACAUUGGUAGAUCAUUUACAAAAAGAAACCUCUCAACACAGCAGUGUGAAGGUUGAGGCCUUGGAAGACUGUGUUUUAAAUUCUUUGGCAUCUGAUGAAGGAAACACAGGUGUUCUAAAAUCAGAUUCUGAACAACUGAAAAAAAUACAAUCCCUACAAGAGCCUGAAAGCUCAGGAACAGAAUAUAUGGAGGUAGAGAAAGUAAUGCAAAAAGAAACGGAAAAGGAUACUGAAGCUAUUAAAGAACGUUUAAUAAAUUCCUCAGCAGAUAGUGCAACAUUAAGCCACUUUGAGGAUAUAAUAGAAAAUAACAUAAAAAGCCCUUCUCCAGUGGCUAGUGAUGAUCAGAAUAUGCUAGUUGUGGAUUCUCCUACAAAAGGUGAUUUAAGUCCAGGGGGAAAAGAAGCCCAAGGUUCUUCUGCAAAAGUUUCUUCAACCUUCCUGGAAACUAAAGAAUCUGAGAUCAGACAACCUCAGCAUUCACAAAGCAGUGGCACUACCAAUACAGAGACUGUGAAUGAAGCUUCUGUUAGGUGUUUUCAGAAACAAGAGAUUUCUUGGACAGGUGAGUUGAGUUGCAGUAGAGGAUGUACUAAAAAUGAAGUGGUGCGCUCAACAGAAACCGAGAUCGUAGGCAUGACUAAAACUUUUACUGUCUCACAAAAGCCUAACUUAAAGGUAACUGCGUGUGUAAACAUUUCUGAUGGAGUAGAUUUAGCAAAAGAGAAUGAACUCUCACAUAACAGUUCAGAAUUUACUGAAGACGAAGCACUGCUCACAAAGGCAACUGAGGUUGAAACUGUGGCUGUAAAUGGUUCUGUCUCACGCAAAGCUAAUUUAACAGGAACUACUGACAAACCAAACCAUGAUGAAGCUGAUCCAACAACCGCGAUUGAAUACACAAACAACAACACAAGAUGUGCUGAAGAUGAAACAGAGCACUUGGCCAAGUCAGAGAUGUUAACCGUGGCAGACACUUGCUCUGGCUUACAAAAAGUCCAGUUAACAGGAACUUGUUACAAACCCAACACUGAUAGAACUGAUCCAGUAAAAGAGAAUACAUCAUCCAUUAACAGCUCAGCAUGUAACGAAGAUGAGGUGAGAUGUGCAAGAGAAGUAGAGAUAAAAAGAACUGAAACUUCCUUUAGCUUAUUACAAAAAUCAAAUUUAACCCCAAAUGCUUAUUCAACAAAUCCUAAUGGAGCUGACAGAAUAAUAGCAGAGAAACCCACCAGUUACAUCUUAGAGUCAACCUUGUUUACAAAAAGUGAUGAUCACUUUACCACUGAUGUGGAAUCUUCCGUUGAAGAGACAUCCAGUGACAUCAUUAUGUUGGAAGAAAGACUUUGCCGCAAGGCUUGUCCUAUGACGCGAGAAGAAUCUGAGGAUGAUCAAGAGAGUUUUAUGCUGCAGAGAAAGGUCAAGAAAACCAAGAACAAGGGUAAUGAAAGCUCUGGUUUGGAUGAAAAGGGGACCAAUUUAUGCAACUCCAAAGGGUCUGUGCCAGAGGUCCUCAUAGAUGUGCAAACACCAGUAGAUAAUAAGAUGAGUAUGAAUGACAAUAAGGCACUUGAAAUGACUGAAGAGGAAAUUCCAAAUAUUGAUCUGUGUGAAGCAUUGAAAGUAAAAAUAGACAGCAAAGAUCUUACCACAACAGAUACUUCCUUAAACAAACAUUCAGAUAGAAGUACUUCAGAAACUGCAACCAUUGAAAAUUCUGAAUUAGAACAGGAUGAAAUAGCAUAUAAGAAUAAGCCAGAGGAAAACAUGGAAAUCUGUAAAAAUAAUAUAGAAGUUAACGGGGCGGAGUGCAAUAUACAAGUGACUAGUUUAGAUUGUGUGUUAACAGUGGAGCCAGAUUCCCAGCACAGUGAUAAUGCAUCAGAUGAAAGCCUUUUGUGUGAAUCAUUAGGGAUAAUAUUGAGUGAAGAUUCAGAAUCAGAAAAUAUAAGCACAAAAGAUUGUAAUACAAAUAAUAGGGUAUCCCCCCCAGUUGCACCCACAACUGAGAAUAAAGAAGCAGCGACUGUACCUAGUCACAGAUGGCAACAUCCAGCUACAGUGCAGAAUAGUACAAAGGCCAGGCAAAAAGAGAAAGAACCAAGCCAGACUGCCCUUCCUGUCGAUACUACUGACACCCCAACCUCAUCAAAGCAUUCCCCAGACUCAAUAAGCAAAGUUAGGACAGAGAUGGGACCACCUCUCCGUCCACUACUGCCACCGCUUAUAGCCACCCCACCAAGAUUUCUAAAAAGCACCUCUCCUUCCAUGUCCAUGUGCAGUAGGUCAUCUUUCCCUUCCCUUAUGGAGAAUUUGGUCUCUCCACUGCGAGAAAUGCCAAUAACACUCAUGUCACCACUGUCUGAUGGACCCAAGAGCAAAUCUCCAUUACGGGUCACCCCAUCCCCAUCAGAUAUAACCAAAAAUAGAAAGGUCCAAACUUCCCCAUUGCAGUUCUGUGCAGCCACCCCCAGGCACGCUGUCCCCGUUCCUGGUAGACUGCCUCCAUCAGCAAUUCCUGCAAUCAACUCCUCCCCUGGUAUGCCCCAAGAAAACUCUGUUAGAAUCCUUGACACCAUGUACCCAGAUCUUUCAGCUCGUGCAAGGACUCUCAAUAUUCUCAAAGGAAACAUUCAGCUGAACAGAUGUGCAUUUGGAGUUGGGAGCAAUAUGCCAGGACCAGUCAAUCAGAUCUCUGGUUUUAAAGCCAUCAAUUCUUCAACAGCUUUCACCAAAACUGGAAAAGCUUGUGAAGCAGAAAACAGCUGUUUUGGACAACCGACAGAGAGAUUAAGGCCUAUGGGAUUGGUUGAUAGAGCCUGGAAAAGACCAGGAGUAAACCUACAUUUACCAAAAAGUUCCAAAAAGCUUCGUUUAGAUAACGAUUCACCAGUAGCAGAAAAGGUGAAUUUGCCUGUUGCAUCUCUGGAGGAUUCCAGAGCUAAAUAUUUGCAUGGGAGUUUAGAACAACCAGUUGAUAUUAAAUCAUCAGAAAUGCUAAAAUCACAAAUUAAUCCUACUGAAGAGGCCAUGUCCAAGGCAUUUGAAAAAAUUGCAAAUUGCUGUUUAGAUUUGAUGCCUGUUAUUCAUAGCCAUGUCCAAGUUGGAAACAUUUCUCAGGUACCAGUACUGAGAGAUGAAGAGAAGGAGGUCAUCCAUGAGUUCUGUGUAGUAAACAAGCAGCUUGCAGAUUGUUUACUGGUUGCCAUUCUUGCAAAACUGAAGACUGAAAAAAAGAGUAUGAAGAGUUUAUACCGUCAGGCCCUCUGUAGAGUUUAUGUUGGAAUUUGUCGGCAGAACGGAGACUUGGAAAGAGCCCGCCUUUUUUCAUACAGUAUUCUAAAAGAAGAUUUUCCAGAGUCUGACAAGCUCACUUUAUUUAUUGCAAGUACUUGGUACAGUUUGUUCUCCUUGCCAGGGCUAAUUAAUAAGGCAAUGCAGGCUGUUACCAGGCAACGUGCUAAAGGACAAGUUCUGAAGUGUCUCAGUGCCUAUCUGGGCUGGGAGAAGAACGCUCCCUGUGAUGUAGAAAAGUUGAUUACUGGUACACUUGUUGCUCUAAAAACGGGCGUCCGUAUGAAAUUCCAGCCUCACGACAAAUGUGGAGAGGACCUGUGCCCUUUUGUGUGGGAGCAUAUAUUUGCAACAGAACUUUUGUGUUCCCAGCUUCAGUGGAAGUGGACACAUGACAAUUUAAUAUGCAAGGAGCUUUGGCCAAUAAUGAACAAAUGGGUAAAGCAAAGAAAAGGAAUAGAUCAAGCAGGGUUUACAGCCGAUAUUACAGUAGCCGCUGUCCUGCGGCUAAUAGGGCGCCUAGGACAGCUAGGACUGAAGAAAAGAUAUGUUGAAUCUGUGAAAAAUGUUGCAACAGUCAUCAACACGUUUGGCAGACAUGCUAAUGCAGAAGGUGUUCCCUGGGGUGUACAGUUGGCAACAGUGUACGCUAUUUAUGAUCUGGCACCAAGCAAUCCAAAGGAAGCCAUGGAAUCACUCGCAGCUUGGAGAUCGGAAACUACCAGAACCGUCCCCCCUGCAGUUACCAGCUGUAUAACACAAAUGGGCUCCAUGUGCCGUCAAAUAAGAUGAACAUAAUCACAAGUUGUUGCAAUGGACUAAUACUGUGAAGGGUCAAGGCAUCGAUGAGUCUGACAGGCUUUCAAAUUUUGUGUUACACACAUUUUAUGGACAAGGUGAAAGGCCAAAGGGUUGAGACAGUUGUUAUCUUGUUUCUUAGGAAUCUUAACAGUGUAUGAACUGAGGGCUUAACACGUAGAUUAUAAAAUCAUUAUCAAAUCUUUGUAGAAUUUCUGUUGUCAAGGAACAAAGAGAAUUGAAAAACUCAGAAUUUAUUUUUAUUUCUUAGGAUAAAUUCUGUUGACAUUUUCUUUUUAUAUGACUAUUUCUCAGAAGCCGUGUUGGAAAUUGAUACAAGGUGUACGUAUUUAUUUGCAUAGUCAUGCAUUCCACUUGUGUAAUAUAACUCUGUACAGAAAUGAUUGUGCUAAAAUCUAUCAAAUUAACCUUUCAGUAGGACAGUAACUUGUUUGUUUGUUUAUGCGAUGGUCCCUGCUAUAUAUUGUAAAUAUAGGCUCUAUAUAUGUUAAUGUCUUGGAGACCAUUUGAAUUGUUUUAUACAUUAUUAAAAUGAAUAUAAUUGAUCCUUUUGAGUAUUCUUUAUAGAUCCUUACAACAUAAUUGAUGCAAUGUAUUAAGAUGAGGUUUAACUGCAGUGCACAUUAAUCAGGUUUUAGAUAUGCAUAUCCUUCAUGUCUGAAACCUAAUUAGUGCAUCUAAAAUGCAACAUACUGUUAUGUAUCACAUAAUUUUAAAUAACUGUAAUCCUGUUUUUGCCAGGGUAGCAUAUUGAUUUAUAUUUGUUUCUAAAACCAAACCUAUUGAGCAAAUGAAUGUCAUAAGGUUGAUCUUGUACAGAGUUUGCAGUUUUGCGUGAGUACUCACUCAUGCCUGCUAAAAAAGUCACCCUUACGAAUACGAACAGUAAAGAGAUGCAUCAAAUGGGUCACUUUGCUACCAACCACUGCCCUGAACACUAGUGUUGUACUGUAUUGUAGUAAUUGUAUGUCUAUUUUGAUGUGUUCUUUUGUUGAAGGAAUUUGAAAUACUUGUAAAUAGUGCUGGGACAAAUACCUGAAUAUUUGAAAGAAUAUCGCAACAAAUUACAAAAAAUACCUUGCACUUGUUUCCUGCCUCACCAGAAGUUGUGUGGGCUCUGUGUGAUAUGAGACGUUAAUAUAUGUUUAAAAAAACACACAGGUUCAACACAACAGACAGCAAAAAGUAAACAAACCAGAUUAUUUAUGCAAUUUUAGUGAUAUCUAUGGAAAGUUACCUGGGUCAAAAAACCAUUGUGCUGCUUUAGAGCGAGUCAGAAUCUUAUGGGACAGAGAAAAAAGCAUAAAUAGAAUGCAGUGUCAACUUUAUGUACUAUUUAUUUCGGGAAUGAACAAAACAACGUUUAGCUUGAACUGCUAUUUGCCAUC